GACAUCCCGCAGGGCCGAGUUGUGGGGUGGGCUGGUGAGCCCCCGGAAUUAGCCUGGAUUCUCCGCUUUGGGACUGGCUUUGAAACCAGCACCCCAAACCACCAGGUUUCCCUGAUUUGCCAUGGGAAGUUACCUUCUAGUUAACAAGUGUCAUUUUAACCCAUAUAUAGACCCCAAGUGGGAGAAAGCGGGUUCCGCAGUGUUGGCGUGAUUUGGCUAUCACCUGUGAGGGCUUGAACUUGUGAUUGUUUUCACAGCAGCCUGCUCCUGAGAUCUCAGUCUUAGGGCUCUACCCCAAAAGACAAAGUAUGCAGGUCCCCAAUCCCCAAACCUCUGUCUUACAUCUCCUGGUCUGGUCCUUUUGCAGUGUAGAAAUCGGGUUAUUUAGACAGAUCGUGAACCCUAGCCCAGAAAAUCCCAGGCUUCCCCGACAGCUGGCACGGUGACUUGAUUUUUUUUAAGUCCCUUAGGGAAUCCGCAGUGACUGCUACUCGCAAAGCCCGGUCCGAGGAGUAAUGCGCUCCCACCCAGGUCUCCCAGAAAGCCCGGGUGUGGCUUGAGACUGGAAUCCCUACAGUGGUCGCCCCUUGAAGAUCCUGCUUGAAUCCAUCCGGGCCCUGUUUAACUCUGGGGAUUGGCUUUGCUGGGAACCUAGCUCUUUCUCGAGGGUGACUUGGCUGGUAGGCAGAUCAGCGCGCUCUGCUCCCACGAGCGCAAAUUCCGCGGGAGAAAGAAAGCGUACGCGUGGCCCUGCGGUUCCGUGCUCUCUGAGGUUCGCACUCCCAGACCGCCCUCUCCAGCCCAACCCAGCCGGCAGGAUUCCCCCAAGCGGAGAUUUUUUGACUUGGCUUCCUCACGCUUCCGCCCUCCGCCAGAGGGUGGCCGUCCAAAGCCCGACCUUGCCCCCUCCCUGGGACCAUGGUGCUUCUCUCUGAAAAUGCUUCCGAAGGCUCCAACUGCACCCACCCGCCAGCACAGGUGAACAUUUCUAAGGCCAUUCUGCUUGGGGUGAUCUUGGGGGGCCUCAUCAUUUUCGGGGUCCUGGGGAACAUUUUAGUGAUCCUCUCGGUGGCCUGUCAUCGGCAUCUGCACUCGGUGACUCACUACUACAUUGUCAACCUGGCUGUGGCAGACCUCCUCCUCACCUCCACUGUGCUGCCCUUCUCUGCCAUCUUUGAGAUCCUGGGCUACUGGGCCUUUGGCAGGGUGUUCUGCAACAUCUGGGCGGCGGUGGACGUCUUAUGCUGCACAGCGUCCAUCAUGGGCCUCUGCAUCAUCUCCAUCGACAGAUACAUUGGUGUGAGCUACCCGCUGCGCUACCCCACCAUUGUCACCCAGAGGAGGGGCGUCAGGGCUCUGCUCUGCGUCUGGGCGCUUUCCUUGGUCAUCUCCAUCGGACCCCUGUUCGGCUGGAGGCAGCAGGCUCCGGAGGAUGAGACCAUCUGCCAAAUCAAUGAGGAGCCGGGAUACGUGCUGUUCUCAGCGCUGGGCUCUUUCUAUGUGCCACUGACCAUCAUCCUGGUUAUGUACUGUCGAGUCUAUGUGGUAGCCAAGAGAGAAAGCCGGGGCCUCAAGUCCGGCCUCAAGACCGACAAGUCAGACUCGGAGCAAGUGACGCUUCGUAUCCACCGUAAAAAUGUCCCUGCAGAAGGCAGCGGAGUAAGCAGUGCCAAGAAUAAGACUCACUUCUCUGUGAGGCUGCUCAAGUUUUCCCGAGAAAAGAAAGCCGCCAAGACGCUGGGCAUUGUGGUGGGAUGCUUCGUCCUCUGCUGGCUGCCAUUCUUCCUCGUGAUGCCCAUUGGGUCCUUCUUCCCGAAUUUCAAGCCACCGGAAACAGUUUUCAAAAUAGUAUUUUGGCUUGGGUACCUAAAUAGUUGCAUCAACCCUAUCAUAUACCCAUGCUCCAGCCAGGAGUUCAAGAAAGCCUUUCAGAAUGUGCUGCGAAUCCAGUGUCUUCGCAGAAGGCAGUCUUCCAAGCAUGCCCUGGGCUACACUCUGCACCCACCCAGCCAGGCUGUAGAGGGACAGCACAGAGACAUGGUGCGUAUCCCGGUGGGCUCAGGAGAGACUUUCUAUAAGAUCUCCAAGACAGAUGGAGUCUGUGAAUGGAAGUUUUUCUCUUCCAUGCCCCAGGGAUCGGCCAGGAUUACCAUGCCGAAGGACCAAUCCGCCUGUACCACAGCCCGGGUGAGAAGUAAAAGCUUUUUGCAGGUCUGCUGCUGUGUGGGGUCGUCGACCCCACGCCCUGAAGAAAAUCACCAAGUUCCAACCAUUAAGAUCCACACCAUCUCCCUCGGUGAAAACGGGGAGGAAGUCUAGAGGAUGGGAAAGGUCACAGGAAAAGGGAUGACACUAGGGCUUUUAUCCAUGAAACCACCUGUGCGACAGACAGACCCAGUUGGAACACUUCACCAGCUCUGGGCCUCCAAACUGAUGCUGAGGAGCUGGGCUGAGGCCACAUCUUCCAAAAGCCAUGGAAACAGUGGCCUCUGGCCCUCCAAGGUCCCUGCAGGAUGAAGGAGUGGACUUGACUGUUGGGGGUCUGGGCUGGGAAGCAAGCUAGGAUUUCAGCAUGCAAUGCUGGCCCCUGGGCAAAGGUGACAUUGGCAGGGUCCCCUUCAUGUUUCACAGACCCUAUGGCAUACGAGUGAGCUGAGAAAUAGGCUUACUUGCUCUCUGUAGGAGAAUGUCAUGGUUCAAACCACAACUGCCAAACUUACAAAGGCCGUAUGAAUGGCAGGGACCAUGAAAGGGGGAAAUUGACCAAAGCUGUGGCUCAAAGCAGGGAGUUUAGUCACGAUUUCCCAUGACUGGUAAGCAAGCAACUGCCCUGAAAGUGGAGGUUUAUUCAUUUCAGAGGGGGAAAUAAUGGCCUUUUCUUUCAUGUGGCUUGGGAGUUGUUGUCACACUGUCCCUGUAGCACACUCAGAGCCAUCUCACUAUAAGCUGGAGGUGAUGGUUUGUUAAGCCAUGAAAAUACAGACUUAAGUGAUAAAAAAAAUCUUAGUGUAACUUAGCAUUGCAUUUAGAGAAAAGAAUAUGAUGAUCAUCCUGGUCUAUGAAACAGGCUGAAUAAAAUAAGUGUAUGUGAACAUCAUAGGGAAUUAAGACAGAAAUUCCAAUAUGAAUUUAAUUUACUGUGCAUCACCACAUGCUUAUCAAAUCUUUCUUGGCUCAUUCCUGUGUAGGAGAAAAAAAAGGAAGGAGUUUUGUUUUUGUUUUUUGUUUUUUGUUUUUCCUUUUUGAACCUACUUUUGGUAUGUGAAGAAAUAGAAGUUAUGAGUCAAGGACUUCUUUGAACACCCUCAUAUUUAAUCUGUCUCGGAGAUGCUUCCAUGUCCCCCAGUGUCCACUGUGUAUUUUGACUCAUUGACUUUCAUAGUGAACUGCUUCAGUUUAACUCCAGAUCUGUCUGGACCUUCUCCCCUCCCAUCCUGGCCAACCACUGGGAAGAACUUGUUUUCUUGGCUAACAGACAGGCACAUGUCAUUUUGUUCUGUCUCCAUAGAUAAGCUGCUACAAAGCCAGGGGAAAGUCAGGGCAAGAGUUGGUUUGCUCAGUAGUGUGACAUGUAAGGUCAAAACCAGCUGUGAUUGUCACCCUAAGGUUCCCAAAGGGAACCUGUGGACCAUUGGGUACACUCUGACCAGCAGCUCCAGAUGGCCCCUCUUCACUGCACCACCCUGGUAUGAAACCAAAGAGGGUAAUGACAAUCCCCAGUGUAUGAGCUGGCAGGAUUCUGUGUUCGUCUGUUCAGAAGUCAAGAAUGUGUUUUUCCAAGAGACAUUGUUACAAAUGGGGGAUGGGGGUUGUUCCUAAAGAAGCCAAAAGUAAAUAACUAAACACCUGUUUAUGUAUACCAGGAGUUGGCCUGCUGUUUCCACGAAUGGGAAACAUUUUAGGUAUGAUGAACUGUAUGGUCUCUGUUUUGGUUCUGGCAGGAGGCCAUGGGCAGACCUUUAAAAAUAUAGAGCCAUCGAUAGCUCAAAAGACAGGUUUAUCCUGUGGGCCACACUUUUUCAUCCCUGAUGCAAACCACUACUAAUUUAUGUUAUAGAGCCAAUACUACUGAACUAUGGCUGCAGGUGAUCCAUAUGCUUUUAACAGUAGGUGACUAAUCUACCCACUAGACUAAAUCGAUGUUCCCAAACUGUGUGAGCUGUUACAAAAAUCAGCAAGCAUUGAUGAUUACCCAGCAGGUAGGAGUAGCAGAGGGAAGAACUUGCCACUUCCCCAUUGAGCCCCGUGGCACAGGCAGGUCAGCAGAAGGCACCGUGAGGCCAGGAAUCUUC